AUGAAGCCAAAUGAUGGUGGUCACAGUGAGGUAGAAUUGGAUCAAGAAGACCUCCAAGGAAAUUGUCAACAUCUCAACAGUGAUGAAGAGCUAGAACUUCCUGCUGCUCCAAGGAAGCUUCACGUUCAAGAGCGAGAGUCACCAAUAAGGUCCGAACGUGCAAGCUCGCCAUCAUCAUCAUCUACGUCAUCCACGCAAUCAAGCUCUGGCUCUGUCAUUCCACCAUCAACCUCCUCCAGGCGAUCAAGCUUGCUCCAGCAAAUUCAAGAGCCCACACCAGAAAUGCCAACCAGACCACAAAUUCAAAAAAGCCUGUCGCAACAAGAACAUCAACAACAACGUAGAAGAUCCCCUGUUCAGCAAGGUACUCAAGGGACCAGCUCCAGACAACAACCUCCAACACAGGGAAAACGCUGCCCAUACCCAAUGCCAGAAAAAAAAUUUCAGAGAAAAGUGAUGCAAAUGCUAGUGGAAAUGCGUGAGGAUAUCCGCUCAUUAAAGAAACGAGAUGUAGAAAACUUUGAAGCAUCUCAAGUUCAACAAGUUCCAACCGUUGAGGCUCUAAACCUCCUUGAUGGAUCCCUCGACUCCCUGGAGGAAAAACAGAAGCUGAUUAAUACCUUGUCCAAGGUGGGAGGAGUCCACCUGAAAGAUAAUGUAAAAAGGGUCAUGGAGAAGUUGAUGACAAAUGAAGUUAUGUCCAACUUUAAUAUGAAGGGCGGGAAGGGCAAGCUUGCCUUCACUAAGCUCCGGCUCUUCACUGUUGUUACAGAGAGUGUCCAGAGGACGACUGGUGAAACGGAGGCAAACAUUGCAGCGGCUGUCACCUUCUGUUUAAAAUAUGCCCCAGACAGGGUGGGAGGAGGUGGCAGAAAAAAAGUUUCUGAAGUUUAA